UUCCUCCUGAGCGCAGGGACUUUCUUCCUCCGUUAUUAUUUUUAUUUUAAACCCAGAGCAGCGCUGUGAGUGUGAGAGCGGCUCUCUUCCGCACUGGGACUUUAAUUUGUUAUCUCGAUGCCUUCGGUUUCCGAAACCCAUCCGGGAGGUUUGCCGUCCAAACGAGAUCACAUGGGAUUACCUUUCACAGAGUCGAGGCGCAGUGCGCGGUUGGUGUCCAACAGACCCUACCCACACGAUGAUGACACAGCGAGCACCAGCUCUACCGGAUCUCAAGGACAAAUUUCUUAUCGAGAGAGUCCCGUGAGGAUCUUCAGGAGGAAAGUAGGACCACGCAAAGGGAGCAGGGCUUCUGUCAGCCCCAGCAGGGGUAGCAGUGUGAGCAAAUCCCAGAAUCCGAGCCCAAGAGAGUUCCCCAUGGAGAGGAAGAGUCCUGUUUUUCGGGUUCCGAGCAGCAGCAUCGUGACGCCUUUGACCACUUCAGCUCCGAGCACUUCGACUCAGAUGGAGCCAUUGGGUUUCUCCUCGGGAUAUUCCUCAUCAGAAGAAGGAUACGGCCCUCGCAGCAGCACACACAACCCAGCUACAACCGGCAACGUUCACACUCCAUCUUGGCGUCCCAUCACUCCUUCUGAUGCACUGACCGCUCCAGCCCGUGCCUUUGCAGUGGUGUAUUUCUGGCUAGGCGUGGCCUGGUACAGUAUAACAUCUGGAAUGUCUCUGAUUGAUGUUUCUCUGCUUAGGCGCACUGCAGGUAUAAGGAAGACCCUCCUCCUCAUCCUCCUCCUCUUCCUACUGCUUUUCGGUGCGUGGUACUGGUACCCGUGUGUUAUUGCCCUGUUUCCCCGUGUAGCCCGAGCUCCUCCGGUUCAGCCCCGCCCCCAAACACCCACGCAAGUUCAACCUCGUAUGGAUGAGCGUGGUGCCUCCGCGAGUUUUGCAGCUCUGAAAGACGAACUCUACGCCGAUCUGCGUGAACGAGAGACCAAAUGGUUCGAGGACAGAGACAGGGAUUUACAAGAUGUGCUGAAAGAGAUCGGUUUACUGAAACAAGAUGGAGAAAAGCAGAAGCGGACAUACGAGAUGUUGCAAAUAGAUGUGCAAGACCUGAAAAUUCGAUUGAGGAAUGCUGACUCGGAGCAUCGCAGCCUGAUUAAAGAGGAAACCGUGGGGAUGCAGAAUCAGAUUUCUGAUCUGAGACUGGGCGUAUCCACGCUUCAGUCAGCCUCUGAACACCUGAGUCGCAGAAUGGAUGCCCAGGAGUCUCAGAACAGGAAGUUAAAGACGGAGCUCUCUGAUUGGCUGCUGCAGCAGCUGUCUGGUUCCGUGAACUCCGAGCGUGAUGUAGUGAUGCGUCCUGAGCUGCAGAGGGCGCUGGAGGACCUGGAAAAGAAAAUACUGGACAGGUUGGGACAGGAGAGGGAAGACAAGGAGAGGAGAGACGUGUGGAGGACAGUGGGAGAAACGCUGCAGGAGGAAGGAGCAGGAGCCGUCAGCAUAACGGAUGUCAAGCGCAUCGUCCACAGGGCGCUGAGCCUCCACAGGGCUGACGGGAUUGGAAUGGCCGACUACGCCCUGGAGUCUUCAGGUGCCAGUGUUGUAAACACUCGCUGCUCAGAGACGUAUCACACCAGAUCAGCGUGCAUCAGCCUGUUUGGGUUUCCUCUGUGGUAUCCUUCUGAAAGCCCUCGCACUGUUAUACAGCCCGAACUCUACCCUGGUAAGUGCUGGCCGUUUCGUGGUUCUGAAGGCUUCCUGGUCAUCGCUCUGUCUCACCCUGUACAAAUCACUCACGUCACCCUGGAGCAUCUGCCCCAAGUUCUCUCCCCCACGGGACGCAUCGACAGCGCUCCCAAAGACUUCGCCGUUUACGGGAUUAUCAACGAGGAGAACGAGGAAGGGAAACUUCUUGGAACGUUUGUUUACGACCAGGACGGAGAGUCCAUCCAGACAUUCAAAGUGCAGCUCCCUCACAGUGAGGUGUUUGGGCUGGUGGAGUUGAGGAUCCUCAGUAAUUGGGGUCACCCUGAGUACACCUGUGUGUAUCGCUUCAGGGUCCACGGCCAGGCCACAUCAUCCUAAAGAGAGAAACAGGAACGGAAGAAGAAAGGACGGAGUUUUACCUGUUUACGCAACAAAACAACAUUUUUUUUUUGAAUGUUUAGCUAAAUGCUAAAGCUUCGAAACAAAAGAGGUGGAGUGUGAUGGAGGAAUACUAUCAGUGUUCAUGACCGUCAUGUUCCUCCAUCACACUCCUCACACAGCUGUCAAGUGCUGAACAAACAAAUACAGGGUUACAGUACGUGUUUAUUAAUUGAUCUUGUGCUAAUAUGUAAAAAAAAAAAAGGUAUUCCGUCACUAUUUGCACUAUUUGCUAACGAACUCCUCCGAAGGAAUUUACCUCUUAUUUAUUAUUGAUGAUUGAUUUCUGAUUUUUGUAUGAUCUUUCGAAGAAAAGUCGACGAAUGUAACGAUGAAUAAAUUCUAAAAACCUACUGAUUAGCACUAAGUCAUUAGCACGAUGCUAAUCGGCGGCUGUUGUUAGCAACAGUAUUAGCAUUUUUUGAAUUCUCUUGCUAUAGAGAGCGUAAAUCCGGCUAAAUCCAGUCAGCUGUUGAGAAGUUUGAGUUAAAGUUUGUAUAUACAGGUAUUUGUUGAAAAUGUAUUAUAAAUGUGUGGGUUUUUUGGGUUUUUUUAAAUACAUUUUUCAAAAAUUUAUACUUAAAGUGAAUUUCCAAAAACACAUUAAACACAGUACAUUUGGUGCAGCUCAAACCCGGUACAAAAACAUCCAAUUUUUUUUUUCACGAAUAUAUUAUUUAAAACUCACAUUAAGCUGUACAGGUAAGGAAGAAAACAAAACCCGUCUGCGCCGCGCCGCUGUAGGAAAAUAAACAGCAAUGGUGUGGUGUGACGAAGUGGAGACACUGUUUGAUUGUUUUCCAAUAAAAGCACACCAUGAAGUGUUUUAUUCCUUUUAUACAACCCCAAUUCCAAAAAAGUUGGGACAAAGUACAAAUUGUAAAUAAAAACGGAAUGCAAUAAUUUACAAAUCUCAAAAACUGAUAUUGUAUUCACAAUAGAACAUAGACAACAUAUCAAAUGUCGAAAGUGAGGCAUUUUGAAAUUUCAUGCCAAAUAUUGGCUCAUUUGAAAUUUCAUAACAGCAACACAUCUCAAAAAAGUUGGGACGGGGCAAUAAGAGGCUGGAAAAGUUAAAGGUACAAAAAAGGAACAGCUGGAGGACCAAAUUGCAACUCAUUAGGUCAAUUGGCAAUAGGUCAUUAACAUGACUGGGUAUAAAAAGAGCAUCUUGGAGUGGCAGCGGCUCUCGGAAGUAAAGAUGGGAAGAGGAUCACCAAUCCCCCUAAUUCUGCGCCAACAAAUAGUGGAGCAAUAUCAGAAAGGAGUUUGACAGUG